CUCUUCAGACCUAUAUGGGUGAAUCUGGUGUUCACGUCUCUGUUCUUCUAGCCUCUAAUUCUGUCCACCAUGAUAAACACGUUUCACACUAGCUUUGCUCCUCCACCGGUGCCUCCACGGCAGGCUCACAGGGGGCCCACGAUGACCGUGAACACGCCGCUAGUCAAGUUCUUGUCUGUGAUGGUGCUUCUUCUAUUCUUAAUGAUGUUUGGAGGGUUCCUCUACGUAUUCCACAGACUCAGCACGCUGCAUGAACUGAGCAGCGGCAUAGACAUGCUGAAGAAGCUUCAGCAGUGCGUGAAGCACAUCGCAGAACCUGAGGAGAUGGUGCACUGCAUGGAAUACUACAACACUGACAUGUCAAAGGGCUCUCAGACUGGAGGAAAAGUGGCUUUCUUAGCUGGAACAGGAGCCCCCACUAUACCAAAAGCAGAGAUGGUUCUAUUGCAGCAAACAUCACAAUCUAAAUUGAACCAGAUGGAUACCCUGAUCUGGAACCGAGAACGUUCUCACAUGGAGAAGAUCAAUCUUGGCAUAUCAGGGGCCCUGAUCAUUCAGUUCCCCGGAUAUUACUUCAUCCACUCCCAAGUCACCUUUUCCAAGUGGCACGUGAAAGCCCCGCUCAAGCAGGUCAUAUGGACCCGAAAGACAGGACAGGGAGAAAGAACAGAGAACAGGGAUGAGAAUCUGCUGGUGGCCUACUGCAGCUUGCACCGGAAUGUGUCUGUGCCCGACCUCUGCACGGCCUCACAGACUGGAGUGUUCAGGCUCGAGAAACAACAGCAGCUCUUUGUUAACGUGACUGACACAAGCUUGGUAAACGCAGCCACCAGCACCUUCAGGUUGUUCAAAUUACGGGACUAAGCAUGCUUGAUCAGACUGGAGCAGGAGGACGAGCUACUGGCAUGGAACGAACUGGAUACUGUCCUUAACUGGAACGGUUUUGUGAGCCACACACGGAUAACCAUGCUGAUCUAAGUGAUUCUGAUUGAAGUCUUACAAGAACAGUUUGGAACAUCUGCAGUUACAAAAACAUUCUUCCUCUGAGAUUAUACCUAGUGCAAGUUCAGGAGAAAAUGACAAACAUUAUUAGUUGUUGGAUUUUCUGAAAGAAUGGAAAAAGUGUGCCAUUCAGAAACCUCCUUCCACGUUAAAAAAAAAAGAAAAAAAGUCAGAAAUUCCACACGUGAUGAUUGCGAACACGAUCAUGCUUAGAGGUUCUCCAGGUGUAUUAGGCUCAUAAAUAAUUUAUUAAUGUUUAAUGCUAUGUACUGUAAUACAGUAGUGACUUUAUUUAUUAAAUGGAAGUUUUGUCAGAACAUAGGCUAGUCUAGGGUUCCAUACAGUACUAAAGUAAGCCCUUAUGUGUCAUUUCACACCAUGAAAAUGAAGAUGUUUGAAAAAGGAAGAGAGACUACACUGGCUUCCACAGUAAAAGUGUGUAUUUAUCUUGUCAUACAAACCCCCCCCCCAAAACAACAAACAAAAACAAAAAAAAACGAAAGAAGAAAACCACUGAAGACAACUUUCUUCAAAAAUCAGGCAGCGUGUCAAAGUAAACUUUCAUGAUCAAAAUAUUACAGCUGACAAAUAAGGAAUGUAGUGACAAACUUCUUUAGAAAUUUUACUUUUCUGAAAAAAACCAUAUUUAUGUUAUUUGUAUUAAAAGUGUCUUUUUCAAACUCAAAUGACAGGCUUUGUAAUACUGGUGAUGUGUGAGAAUAUGAGACUUCAAUCUGCAGUGAUGGUUCAGCAAUCUUAAUUUAGUCUGUUUAUAAAGCAAACUCUGAAAUAGUCUGGUAUGGUGCUAUAGGUUUUUUUUUUUUUUUUUUUAAAUCUGUGAAACCCUACAUAUAUUCUGCACUCCACCACACACACUUUCCAGUGUGGUAUGCAGAGCUAGCUUGCGAGAGCAGGCAUGAUUCAACCUCAUACUUUAAAUAGAAUUUCUCAGUUGUUUGACUCUUCCGACUUCAUUCAAAAUUUAAUGAUAUUUGCAUACCUCAAAGAGCAGUUUUAUGUGGGCGCUCCUCCAUUACAAAAUAUUAUUAAUUAGUUUGUGCCAAAAAUAAACAAACAAUACCCUUCUUUAAAAAAAAAAUUAAUCUGUGCCUCUGGUACAACUUCAAAAUAUAGUAAACAAACAUUAAUAUUUAAUAAUUUAACACCCACUAAACUAGUAUAUUUAUGCAAUUUGUCUAAUUUGCUUUGUCUAAUUUGUGCCAAAAAUAAACAAACAAUACCCUUCUUUAAAAAAAUAAUAAAAUCUGUGCGUCUGGUACAACUUCAAAAUAUAGUAAACAAACAUUAAUAUUUAAUAAUUUAACACCCACUAAACUAGUAUAUUUAUGCAAUUUGUCUAAUUUGCUCCACAAUGGAAAAAGUGAGUGAGAACACGCUUGCUUAGCUCAGGGACACAGUUGUAAUCUGCUCUUACAGGAAGCUUUCACCAAGGCUUUUUUUUUGCCUUAACUUUUCCCUCCUACAUAGAAAAAAAAGGUCCUGCAUAUCAACAGCGUUGGGGUUUCAGAGGUUCUGCUUAGCAACUUUCACCUACAUGCUUGUGCAACCUGAAUGUGUGUAAUCAAGUGGCAUCACUGACAAGCCUGGAUUUUCCUAAUCACUUACAGGGAUGUUCAGUAAAAGGAAAUGCGAUUUGCCAACAAACAGCAUUAACGUGGAAGCUAAACAAGCAUAAACAAAUACAAGAACAUCUCAGAGGAAAAACAAAACUCCAUGAAAACGAAAGUCCACAACAGGGAUGUUAUUUAUUUUAUUAAAAUGACCCUUUUUGAAAUGAUCGUGAAAGAAACUAAAAACAGAACAAAAGCCCAUGACAUUCAGGGACAAUUAGAAUUGCAUAGAAACCCUUGACAGGUUUGCAGACAUGGACACUUGGACAAAAUGUAAUGGAGUAGACGAGCAUUCACUCAAAUAAGCCUGCAAGUGCUGCAGAUAUUGGGCAGUUAUAGAAUUACCAGACACGACACCACUGGCACUGUAAAUCUACAUGUGUAAAAAUUAACCUGCCAUAAUUUGCUACUAAAAAUGGAAACUGAUGACACCAAUCAGUCCUUCAAAUUGUGAACUAAUCCAUAAAUGUGUGUGUACCACAGGUCAGUAAUGACAAAAUUACAACAGUCAUUUUUUUUUUGCUAAAAACAUUACACAGGAUAUCAUAAAAACGAGGCGGAACCGUGUCCUAUGUAACAAUGGAAAAUUUGAAAGUAUACGCAAAGCACACAGAUGUAAGAACAUGCCAAUUAAGUUAAUUACCAAAAAAACAAAUAACAAAAAACAAACAAACAAAAAACUUUCAAAACAAAAAUGUCUAAUCACAGCACUGCAGUAACAGCGGUAUAUAGCUUUUACACUCUGCAUGUGUUGAUUUCUGGUUAGAAGUGUGACUUACACGCUAACUUCCAUCUCGUCAGACACCAUGCAGUCACUUCUAUUGCAUCGAAUACUUAUCUGUUUUCACAAGGCCGAAAUUGAAACGCUCCCCUCACGCAACUUUGAUGGUUUUGCUUCUGGUAAUCCCCUCCGGUUCAUAUGUACACAAUCCCACCCAUUCUCCUGUUUAGUCACCAGCAGUGCUAUAAGGCUUAAUAAAGCCCAUAAGUUUGAUUGUUUAUUUAUUUAUUUUUUAAAUACAAAUCAACGUUCCACUUAUUAGUAAUGAUAUGUGUUAUAAGCCUGACUCGGUUACAAGGCAGAUUAUGAAACAGUUAAAAGCAUACAUGCAGGUCAUGCACGUAUGCGAUAGUGUACCAGUUAAGAAGUACAACAUGUAUUUACUAAAUUAUUACUAGGAGAGAGGAUAAAAUUAAGUUACAAUAUUACGGUACGUUUCAGCUCGGCUCCGUAGUUACCCGAUUCGGACAUUCAUGUUCAUAUUCACGCUGCAUUAAUAUAGAAGCCAACAGAUUUAUACCAGAGGCUUUAAGGUUCUCUCAUUGUGUCACUGUUAAUGUAGCAGCUUGUCAUUUCCCCAGUAACGUUACUGAUGAUCAUUGUGUAGGGCCGAGCACCUAUAGAGGACUCAAAAGAGUCCAAGCACUUAGGACACACGUUCUCAACACAGGACUAUUCGGUAUGAAAAUGAAAGCUUAUAUGGUUAUUUUUGGCCAUACUAGCUAUAAUAUAUCGUAUCAGUAUAUAUGAUAUACGAACAUUAUAUGCUAUACCUUACGUUUUGAACUAGCAUGACAAGAUUAUCAGACACAACAUUAUCUAAUAUGAAGAAGGUAUAGAAAUAUCGUACAGAUUGUAGAUUGCAGGCAGCGCAGUUUAAGAGAAAAUAAUCCUCGGGCCACGCCUGUAUCUCCUUGGAUUAUUUGAUUACUUACAGUAAAGCUUGGCAUUAUGAAAACAAAGACAAGGGAAAAAAAGAUUAUUUUACAAUGGCAGAUGAGACAUCUCAUGUCUUUGAUGUACAACAGAAAACAAAUACUAUACCAUCUAUAUUUCUCAUAUAGACUUCACAUCUUAUUUUAUAAACGUACACCACGAGAAAUAAAGGCAUAGGAUGGAGUCGCCUGUCGGUGUCCUGUUAGGGCAAUUAGAGAGGCGAUAACGGGUGAUAUACUGAGCUCACUCGUACGCUUGUUGAACAGCGGCUGUUCAUCAACAGCACGCGUGCACCUGGAUCUCGGACUUAUGCAAACGUGGCUCCGCGUAGUUCGUGGGGUAUGCCAGGCUCGUGGUCCUCUGGUUCAGUGAGUCUCCCUCGUUACACUUCCCAAUCUCCCCGGGGGUUGCAAAAACACUUUGUGUGUUCCCUUCAGGUAAAAAAA